ACAUGUCCUUUCAUGGAUCUCAAUAACAUGCGCGAGAAGAUAAUUAUAUGCAUCCUUAUGUUCACAUUACUGUUGCAGAUUCGCGGCAAUAUGAUGCUGAAGUUUCCGCGGGAGACGAUGGCGGCCGCAGUUUUCUUAAUAUCAAGCGACAAUGUCAGGAAACAGGGGGAGUGAGGCGCGUGAAGUCGUCAGAGUUCAACAGCAGGUGCCACCCAGGUCUUGGGUGCCACCAGCUCUAGACUCGGGGGGGUGCAAUGUCAACUCCAGGCUACCUAAAUCCGCCAAUGCCAAACCGAGGUGACGUGUUGAAUCGGCGCCCUUAUGAUAGCACGAGAGCCCCGAUGGCCUGCCCCCAACGCAGCAUCUACCGCUUCCUUGGCGUGGCCGAGGACGCGCCCUUCGCCGAGGUGAAGAAGGCCUACCACAAGGCGGCCCUGCGGCUUCACCCCGACAAAAACCCGGACAAUAUUAAGGCUGCCACCAAGCAGUUCCAGGCACUACAGUCUGCCUUCAGGGUGCUGAAGGAGCGGGAGGGGCCUGCCGCGGAAGAAGGGGGGUUGCGGGAAGCCUGGGUGCACCAAGUGCUUCAGGAGGAAAGCUCAGCGGGCCGAGGGCGGGCAGGAGGCCCCUCGGAAAGAGAAGAAGUCGUCGAAGAAAGGGGGCUGCGGGAGGCCCGGAUGCACCAAGUGUUUCGGAAAGGAAGGGGGUCAGAGCGAGGCCCCGCCGAGAGAGACAAAGAAGCAAAAGAAGGAGCCCAAGAAGCGCCCCAAGGGGAGCGCGGAGACAGAAUUUGAGCGGGAAAAGCGGCGAGCCGAUCGGAAGUACUGGAGACAUCGCCGGCGCAAGGAGAGGGAGGAGGAGGAGGAGCGUCGCUGGCUGGAGGAGGAGGAGGAGAG